GGAUUUACCGCUAAGAUGAAAACCAAUCGCAGCGCAGUGCUGAGUGACCCGUACGCAGAGCCAACAGCCAUCAUCAUCGUUGUCGUCGUUGUCGUCUUCGCACAGGGAAAAAAGCAGCCAGCAAUCCGCAGGAGGAGCAAAUGUCAAAACAAAAAUAAAGGACAUCCAGCCACAGCGAACGCCAAAAGAGCAAGCAGAAAAAAAAUGUCCUCACCAGACUUGGACUCGGUUGUCCAGCAGCAGGUCCACUACAUCGCUGGGUACAAUCACUCCGACUGGCAGCCGAUCACUCUCACCCUAGUUGAAUACCCCAAAGGUGACCUGCUGGGGAAGCUGUUGGCAUGGAUCAGCUUAGCACCGUUAGGCAUCGGGGCCGGCUUCGUGGCGCUGAUUCUGUUUAGGCGAGAUUUACAUACCAUUGUAUUUUUCAUCGGAACGCUGUUCAACGAGUGCGUCAACAUGGUGUUGAAGCACUGGAUACAGGAACCGCGACCGAUGACGCGGUCCCAGAUCUGGACCGAGUACGGGAUGCCUUCUAGUCAUUCACAAUUUAUGUGCUUUUUCACGCAGUACGUGCUGCUUUUCAUCUUUAUAAGACUGCACCACAUGAACAACAACAACGCCCGAAUGGAGCGGCUGGUACGGCUACUGGUGCUGUUUGUUUGUUCGGUGGCCACCUUCCUCGUGUGCUACGGCCGGAUCUACCUACAGUAUCACUCGCUGAGCCAGGUGAUGGUGGGAGCCGUGGUGGGGCUCAUCGUCGGAACGGUAUGGUUCAGCCUGACGCACUGGUUCCUCACGCCACUGUUCCCGAUGGUGGUCUCGUGGAAGGUAUCGGAACUGUUCCUCCUCCGGGACACCACGCUGAUUCCGAACAUUUUGUGGUUUGAGUACACCGUCACCAGGCAGGAGGCUCGUGCCCGGGCUCGCAAACUGGUGAGCAUGAAAUCUCAGUGACGGUUCUGGUCACCCUGAUCCGACGGCGGUUUCGGUACAUCAUCUCGACGAUACGUUAAAUAGCAGUGCUUGAAGUUACGAACCACAACCCCCCCUACCAUCACCACCAUAAAAAGCAACCCAACUAUAGCAGAAGCGGCAGCACCAUAGAUAGCGGGCAAUGAUUUGCGAUUCAUCGACAGCAACAGCGGAAUGCAGGGCAGUGACCAGUGAGAUUAUCAUUACCUUAUACUGUCUCCUCAAACAGAGUAUAGUACUUGCUAAAGUUUAUGUGACAGGGUAAUCGUUUGCGAGCAGGCUUUAUUAUCUAGAUUCUUCACCAUGACCAACGAAUGCGUCACUUAUUAGUUUUGAACGAAACUAAAUAGUAAAUGUUAAGCCAACAAGUGUCUACAAUACAUGCAGGAAAUUAAAAUAUUAUAAUUUAAUUUUCUAAAACUCCCCAAUAUUCUUUAAACAUUGAAACAGCUAGAAAAAGAUGUUAUUUUUCAGUAAAUUAGAGUGGUUCACUUCAGUGAUGAGCAAAGAUACAUGAAACAUCUCGAAUCUCGCUAAAGUCAGUUGUCAUAAAGCAAACUUACUGACUAUGUGCAAUUUUGUAAUACUCUACUGCUCAUAGAGCGCGGAUUAAAGCCAAAUUGCCUGCUGAACUGUUUCUUUCUGUUCAGUGACAUUACUUAGGACACAACAUCGAUUUCUGAUUUUGAAUUCAAUGGCAUCAUAUUAAUUUAGCGAGUCGGUCAAAGUUCAUUCUAACGCAUCACAUUUUAGAGCUCAGUUUCUUAAUUAUUUCCUGCUAUAUACCUACAUUUUCACAUUACUUAAACGUGAAUUUUACUGCCGUUCUACGCACAACGGAUCCUUGAGGAUAGAACGGCAAUAAAUAUAUAAAUGGCAUAAAGUUCACGAAGGUACCAGUCUAGCGCAGUUCGAGAAACCAAUUUCUAAGGCCGUAGCAUCAAAAUAGAAGUCGAACUGCACAGUUAUUGUCGAAUCAGUAGGUACAAUCACAAAAGAAUGCUUCAAACUCCCUGGAGUUCCAGUAUAGAACUCCACGAUGGUAGUAACAACCUACUAUUACUAAGGUAAACCCCAGAAAAGGUUGACUGAAUCUGCGUAAAUUGCUCCCGAUGAUGAUAAGUCCUAAGCAGAACCGUAGAAGCAAAGCGGAAGCUGUUGUUGCUCUGUCUAUAUAAACAAUAGAAAAAUACACUAAAAGUUAAGUGUGUACGAAAUCAAAUCAACAUUCACCAUCGCUAUCAGAACUGAGCGUUUGCCAUGCAGGAUGGAUCUGUUAGACAGUAGAAUGGUAGAACAAAAAAAACAAUAACGAUCGAUCCAUGUUCCACUUGUUGUUACGAACAUUAACGAGUAGGUAUGUGCUGUUCCGUUAGUUGUUAGGUGCAAGCGUUCCGUGGCUAAAAUGAAAUGUUAUGUACGGAUUAUCGAAAAAGAAUGGAAGCGAAAACGCGAGAUAUAAAAAAGCGGAAUGAACGAAGGACAGUAGUUUAUGGAAAACAAUAUUCUUUGGUUAUCAGUAGAAUGUUGUCACGCGAGCACACAUACACACAUAAAGCACUGACACAUUAACAAGCAUGUGAAUGAUAAGACAGAUUUUGGUUAGAUAUUGAUUUUUUUUAUCCCUCGACGAUAUUCGGGAGAAGACGUAACACACAUGAUUGUACUAGUUACUAGCUCUAGCUGUAAUAAUUCUUAUAAUGAGACAGUGAAUAAAAAAUAAGACAACCACAACUCUUUAAAGGA